UGGGUAACCCCUUUAUUCAGUAUUGGAAAUAAGCGGAGGCUAGAGGAAGAUGACAUGUACCAAGUGCUUCCUGAUGAUGCUUCUCAGGUCCUGGGAGAGGAACUGCAGAGGUGAGCCUAGCCCUAUCCCCUAGGGCUUAGCCCUAUCCCAUAGGACCUAGCCCCAUCCCCUGUCCCCUAGCCUAUCCCCUAGCCCUAUCCCCUAGGACCUAGCCCUAUCCCCUAGCCUAGCCCUGUCCCAUAGGGCCUAGCCCUUAGCCUACCCUGUCCCCUAGCCUGUCCCUAUCCCCUAGCCCUAUCCCCUAGGACCUAGCCCCAUUCCCCUGUCCCCCUAGCCUAUCCCCUAACCUAUCCCCUAGGAUCUAGCCAUAUCCCCUAGCCUAGCCCUGUCCCAUAGGGCCUAGCCCUUAGCCUACCCUGUCCCCUAGCCUGUCCCUAUCCCCUAGCCCUAUCCCCUAGCCCUGUCCCCUAGGCUAGCCCUAUCCUUUAGCCUUUCCUCUAGCCUUAUCCCUUAGCCUUAUCCCUAGCCUUAUCCCCUAGUCUUAUCCCUUGGCCUACCCUGUCCCUAUCCUCUAGCCCUAUCCCCUAGCCUUAUCCUCUAGCCUAGCCCUAUCCCCUAGCCUUAUCCCCUAGCCUAGCCCUAUCCCCUAGCCUAGCCCUAUCCCCUAGCCUUAUCCACUAGCCUAGCCCUAUCCCCUAGCCUUAUCCCCUAUCCUAGCCCUAUCCCCUAGCCUAGCCCUAUCCCCUAGCCUUAUCCCCUAGCCUAGCCCUAUCCCCUAGCCUUAUCCCCUUUUCUGAGCAUUGAGAGAUUACUUUCCCUGGCUCCAUUUGGAGUUUAAUGCUAAACACUGAAUUUAGCACCAAUGUGUAUUUAGGCUCCAAAUAGCCCCAUGUAGAGAUUACGGCCUGUUUUCUGAUCAUAGUCUAACAAUGUGCUAAUCUUUACAGGCAUUGGGAUAAGGAGGUUCGAAUGGCUGCCAAGGAGCUGCGGAUGCCCAAACUCACCAAAGCCAUCGUGAAGUGCUAUGGGAAACCCUACGCAAUGCUGGGGAUCUUUAGUUUCUCCGUAGUAUGUAGAAAGAUACAUUUGCCUGUUUUUUAAAAUAACAUUCUAUCUAUGUACAUACAGUACAUGGUGAGUGGGUUAUCUAGCCAUAGAGUACCAAUUAAAAGUUUGGACACACCUACUCAUUCAAUGCUCAAACGCAUUAAGAAGGAAAGAAAUUCCACAAAUUAACCUUGAACCAGGCACACCUGUUAAUUGAAACGCAUUCCAGGUGACUACCUCAUGAAGCUGGUUGAGAGAAUGCCAAGAGUGUGCAAAGCUGUCAUCAAGGCAAAAGGUGGUUACUUUGAAGAAUCUAAAAUAUAUUUUGAUUUGUUUAACACUUUUUUGGUAACUACAUGAUUCCAUGUGUGUUGUUUCAUAGUUUGGAUGUCUUCACUAUUAUUCUACAAUGUAGAAAAUAGUGAAAAUAAAGAAAAAAUGAGUAGGUGUGUCCAAACUUUUGAUUGGUACUGUAUAUGUCAGCUUUUACAUUGUAAAUAAGUGGAUUUGAGUUCAGGUUGAAAUCGCUCUACCUCUCUCUUGUUCCCCCAAUAGGAGGUGAUUAAGGUGAUCCAGCCAGUGUUCUUGGGAAAGCUGAUCCAGUACUUUGAGAAGUACGAUCCAAAUGACAUGGAUGCACUGUAUGAGGCCUUCGGCUACGCUGCUGGUGUCUCUCUGUCCACCGUUGCGCUGACCAUCCUCCAAAGUCUCUACUUCUACCACGCCUUGAGGAUCGGCAUGAAGAUACGAGUGGCCAUGUGUCACAUGAUCUACAAGAAGGUCAGUAUAAGCUACAUACUUGCAUACUGCACUUUACAAAUCAAAAUCUUUAAAUACAAUUUACUAGUAAAUGUAAUUACCCCAUAGGCCCUGUGUCUCAGCAGCGCAGCAAUGGGAAGAGCAACCACAGGCCAAAUAGUGAACCUGCUAUCCAACGAUGUCAACAGGUUUGAUGAGGUAAAAGCAGGAAGUGCAUGAAGACAUGAGGUUAUUUUGGAUGAAGUGGUUGAGCACAUCAUCUGCCUCAGUUCAUUCCAUAGGUUUAUGAAGAGUAUUGCUGUAGCUUAUAUGUCAAUUUACCCUUUGUCAAAUGUACAGGAAUGGAAUGCACCAAUAUCUGCAAAGCCAUUGAAACUUUGAGCCGUCUGUCAUCCUGUUCUGGCAAAUAAAGUACAUACGUUAAAUCCACACGGAGAGAACAAAGUCAUGGAUGAAUGGAAAAUGCAGAUGGUUGCUUAGCAGAAAUGUUUACAAUAGUCCGAUGCUAAACUCAAACCAGACUGAAAGAAUAUGAAUUAAUAUAACAUGGGGAGCCCAUGCAGCUUCUUCAGUGGUAUGAAGAUUGUGAUGAGCGUUGCCUGUUGGCCCCUGUAGUAGGUCAUGAAUCUGUCUCAAAGGACCAUUAUCAUCUUUAUGUUAUGCUAAAUGCAACUCCUUAGAAACAUUAGGUAACAGCUAAAUUAACCAAGGAUCACUGGUCUUUGCAGGUGACCAUGAAUCUGCACUACCUCUGGAUAGCACCUCUUCAGGCUGUGGUGGUUAUCAUACUCCUGUGGUAUGAGAUUGGCCCGUCGUGCCUGGCAGGCAUGGCUGUCCUUGUGUUCCUCAUGCCACUACAGACCAUGUUUGGAAAGCUCUUCGGAUCCCUCAGGUGGAUUACAUAAGUUACAUGACAUGACUUGAACUUACAGUCAGAGUGGGGUCUUCUUGGUAAAAGUUGUCCUUAUCUAUAGGUGGCAACGUUUUUCAGUGAGUGGCUCCUAUGCUUCGGUGAUUAUGGCAUAGAGCUACCUGUUAAAUGGGAACCCAUAGGUCAACCUACACUACCAGUCAAAAGUUUGGACACACCUACUCAUUCAAGGGUUUUUCUUUAUUUUUACUAUUUUUUACAUUGUAGAAUAAAUAGCCACCUUUACCUUGAUGACAGCUUUGCACACUCUUGGCAAUCUCUCAACCAGCUUCAUGAGGUAGUCACCUGGAAUGCAUUUCAGGUGUGCCUUCUUAAAAGUUAAGCGCUAUGAUGAAACUGGCAUGUCAUGAUGACCGCCAAAGGAAUGGAAGACCCAGAGUUACCUCUGCUGCAGAGGAUAAGUUCAUUAGAGUUACCAGCCUCAGAAAUUGUAGCCCAAUUAAGUGCUUCACAGAGUUCAAGUAACAUACACAUCUCAACAUCAACUGUUCAGAGGAGACUGUGUGAAUCAGGCCUUCAUGGUCGAAUUGCUGCAAAGAAACCACUACUAAAGGACACCAAUAAGAAGAAGAGACCUGCUUGGGCCAAGAAACACGAGCAAUGGACAUUAGACCGGUGGAAACGUGUCCUUUGGUUUGGAGACCAAAUUUGAGAUUUUUGGUUCCAACCGCCGUGUCUUUGUGAAACACGGUGUGGGUGAACGGAUGAUCUCCGCAUGUGUAGUUCCCACCGUAAAGCAUGGAGGAGGAGGUGUGAUGGUGUGGGGGUGCUUUGCUGGUGACACUGUCUGUGAUUUAUUUAGAAUUCAAGGCACACUUAACCAGCAUGGCUACCACAGCAUUCUGCAGCGAUACGCCAUCCCAUCUGGUUUGGGCUUAGUGGGACUAUUAUUAUUUUUUUCAACAGGACAAUGACCCAACACACCUCCAGGCUGUGUACAGGCUAUUUGACCAAGAAGGAGAGUGAUGGAGUGCUGCAUCAGAUGACCUGGCCUCCACAAUCCCCCAACCUCAACCCAAUUGAGAUGGUUUGGGAUGAGUCGGACGGCAGAGUGAAGGAAAAGCAGCCACCAAGUGCUCAGCAUAUGUGGGAACUCCUUCAAGACUGUCAGAAAAGCAUUCCAGGUGAAGCUGGAUGAGAGAAUGCCAAGAGCGUGCAAAGCUGUCAUCAAGGCAAAGGGUGGCUAUUUGAAGAAUAUAAAAUAUGUUUUGAUUUGUUUAACACUUUUUUGGUUACUACAUGAUUCCAUAUGUGUUAUUUCAUAGUUUUGCUCUUUUCACUAUUAUUCUACAGUGUAGAAUGAGUAGUUGUGUCCAAACUUUUGACUGGUACUGUACAUGUUAAUGAUGUUCUUGUUUUAAACCCCUUUUCUGUUUUGACUGUAAUGAUUACCUCUUGGAACACUCCAAGCACAUGUGAAGAAAAGUUAGCUUCACAUGUUGGCUGGCAUAUUGACUGGUAAUUGAACCGUGAACGCUUGCUUGGGCAGUUGUUCACAUGAUCAACGACACAAGUGCUGGAAGUAAUAGUUUUGAUUAGGUGUUAUAAAACCCUAAAGCAAUGUAGACUUCUCUGAUUCUACGAAAGAGUUAUCUUAAUUAAAUGCAAUUUCAACAUUGCCAUCGGUUCCAUAAACUCAGGAAACGUCAGAAGUUUCUGUUCACACGGAGGAGAUAUGUCUGAACUGACUGAGUGAACUCCUUUCCUUGCAGGAGUAAGACCGCUGUCCUGACAGACAAUAGAAUACGCACCAUGAUUGAAGUGGUGUCUGGAAUCAGGAUCAUCAAAAUGUAUGCCUGGGAAAAGCCCUUCUCAGCACUCGUCAAUGAAGUCCGAAGGUAA